GUACAUUAAAAAAUAGACAAAUAAUAGUAUGAGUACGAUUUAAAUCGUAUAUCUGUCAACCCUGCUAAAGACAGCGACAAAAUCACGUUGCAUAACAAUGUAGCCCAAGCUUAUAUCUUAUGAAAUAUACGGAAGAGAUACGGACUUAGAAAAAACAGAAAUGUUGUUCUUUGUGGAAGUCAUUGAUGAAAUUCUAUGUAUUUUAGCCCGCAAACUUUCUUCAAACAAAAACAGCGCCAUCUAGUAUCGAGUUCUGUAAUUAUCUCUUUGUUUAUGGAUUUGAAGUAAGACCGCCACGCAUGCAAUACAUUAUGACUGGGGAUUCCCCUAUUCGUCGACGCUGAAUAUGAGGCGACGACAAUCACUGUCAAACGUGUUCACUAUUACUCUGACUCUGGUAACGUGACUUCCUGGUAACGUGUUAGGUAGGAAAAGCAGUAAAAAAGUGCAUAUUAAGGGAGCAGAUUUGAAAUAAUAUUUAUACUUAACAAGAAAUAAUUAAAGGUUCAAUGGGGAGACCUAAAGAUUUACGCAUAUGGGAGCACUACCGUACUUUACCAAACAAGUCUGUUUCUUGCAAGCUUUGUAAUAAGGUCUACAAAUUCAGUAAUGCUGCCAAAAUGCUUCAACAUCUUAUCACUUGUCCAAAAUCUCCAGAAACAUUAAAAGACUCUAUGAAACUUAUAAAAGAUAGCUCGUCCAAAACCAAAAUGUCUGGACUGUCAGAGAUAGAGACAAAUGAUUCUUUUAUAAGCCCCUCGUCAUCUGCUAACACUACAAUAAAUGCUGAGUUUCAAGACACCGAUGAUCAUAUAAAAACAGAAUUAGCGAGAGCUAUAUUUGUAACAGGGACGCCAUUAUCGAUGGUGCAACAUCCUUUAUGGAUACAAUUUUUCGAAAAAUUGCAACCAAAAUUUAAAAUACCUUCACGUAAAGCUUUAGCGACAAAAUACUUAGAUAAAAUAUAUAGAGAAAUGCGUUUUGAGUUAAAUGAGGAACUAAAUGCUUGUAGUUACUUACACCUUCAGUGCGAUGGCUGGUCUAAUUUAAGAAAUGAAGGAAUAAUAAACUUUCUUAUAUCAAAACCUCAACCUGCAUACGUUAAAAGUUUGAAUACAGAAAGUAAUCCUCACACUAGUGAAUACCUUAGCCAAGAAGUUGAAAAAGUAAUGAAAGUGUAUGGAGCAAAUAAGUUUCUUGUACUUAUUGGCGAUAACGCUAGAAAUAUACAAAAGGCAUUCGAAUUAACAAAACUCAAAUAUCCACAUGUUGUUCCUCUCGGUUGCUGUGCACAUAUCCUUAACUUGUUGUGCCAAGAUAUUGUAAAGAUACAAGAAGUAACUGUGUUUAUUAUGCAAGCCAUAAAUAUAAUAAAAACUGUUAAAAGGAGUCAACGAUUAAGUUCCUUGUUGAUAAAAUCAAGGCAGGGUGAAGAUUCUACACAAACACUAAAAUUGCCUUGUGCUACAAGAUGGGGAAGUCAUGUUACUUCGUUAAAAAGUUUGAAAGCAAAUAAGAUAGCUUUGCAAAUAUUAACAGUUAGAGAAGAUGUGGUAAUUUCAAGAGAUAUUAAAGAUUUAAUUCUAAGUGAUGAUUUCUGGACGAAGACAGGGGAAUGUAUAAGUAUUUUGGAACCAGUCACUGAAAGCAUAUUUUACUUAGAGAGCGACCAGAAUCGUUUGCAUCGCACAUACAUUACAUUUAGAGAUGUACAAGCUAAGAUACGUUUUGCAUUAAAUGAGAUUUCGACAUUGAGCGAAGAAAGCAAACAGCAGAUUCUAACAUCAGUAUCUUCAAGAUGCAAUAUGGCAAUGAGGCCAAUACAUUUUGCAGCAUAUAUUCUAGACCCCAGGACUCUAGGAGUCGAACUUACUCAAGAGGAAGAACUUAAGGGUAUGGAGUUUAUCUACAAUUUAAGCCAACACUUAAGUUUGUCAAAUGUAAUGGCAGAUUUGGCGUGUUAUAAAGCUAAAGAAAACUUUUGGGCCAGAGGAUUUGUAUGGAGCUCAUUAGAUAGCAUUGAGCCCCUAAUAUGGUGGAAAGGUAUUUGUGGUUCCACUGAGUUAAGCAAAGUAGCGAUUCGUAUUCUAUCAGCUCCCUGUACUUCGGCAGCCACUGAGCGUUCCUUUAGUAUCCAAGGCUACAUACAUAAUAACAAAAGAAAUCGACUUACAACUGAAAGAACUGAAAAAAUUUCAUUCAUUUGUUAUAACUGGAAUCUUAAACAUAAAGCUGAAUGCGAGGACAUUCAGUUUAAUGAAGAAAAUACCUUAGAAGCUUUCAUUGAGCAAGUAAAUGAACAUAACAGUUUAGACGAAAUAGAGCCUAUCGAACCUAUACAAUUCAUCGCUUGUAAUAACUCUGAAUCUGACAGUGAUUGACUGUAGUUUUACAUUUUACUUUCAUCUCUUUCUUAAUAAACUCAAAAUCAAAUUAAAA